AUGGUGGCUCCAGGUCAAAUCAGCGUGGACAGUGAAGAAGGCAUCUACAGCGUCCCCGAGAGCGCUGCUCCUCCGACUCCUGAUAGUGGCUGGACAUCCCCCAAGCAGCCAGUCACAUCAGUCAAUUGCCGGGUGAGGGCCUUGAUCAAGAAUCGGCCUGUCGUGUGGCCUCCGCUCAACAAGAAUGCAGUCUCCCGCUUACAGGACCAUCAGCUGCCAGGAGAUGACUUCAUAUCACUCCGCUUUAAAGCCAAAGCAAAUUUCCGACCUCUGAUCUUCCUCCCACCAAUUCUGCUAGCAUUCCUCUCUGAUUCAGCUGUGCUUUGUUACGAGACGAAAGCCAUCCUGGAAGAUGGAAAGCCUGCAUGUUUGUGGGGCAAGCCAGCUGAAGAUGUGUUUACGAAACGCUCGUACUGCCCAGCAAUCGCCGGAUUCAGCCCGGUGUAUUGGAGUCUGGGAUGGUAUGUUUUCUUUUUGCUUAUGGUUGGGAUUUGCCACAUAUGUGGGUUAUACAUCAGGAAGCAGCGAAAGUCAAUACCCUCUUCUCCGGAUCCACAGUCGGAGGAGGAUUUGGGGCCACAGUCCUGCGUUUGCUAUUUCCUGGAUUGUGGACGAGCUGGGUAUACUGACCAGCAUUUGCGGAUGUGGUUUGGCUGCAUCACGCUGGCUUUUGUAAACUCGAUUUGCAUAAGGUUUGUGGCAGCUCCGGAAGGAGACAACCACCUCAAUGCCUGCAUCCGCUAUGGCGAUUGGACAGGUCACUGGGACUACUGCCAGCCAGGAGGACUCCUCGAGCCAAGCUGGACCGUGGUUUUGCUGGCAGUGUUCCUUUGCGUUUCUGCUGCUAUCAUUGACCAAGGCACCAUCUCCUGGGAUACCAUGAACGGAGACAAGUCAGGGGACAGCUGCAACAGCCAGGACAAGACUCUCAGCUUCAAGAAUCUGAGUAUGGUACAGGCAGCAGCUGUGAAGCUGAAAGCCCUGGUUCGGAAGCAGAUGCACAUGACACAGAUCAGGAGGCAUGCUCCACAAGUUGACCCCGACUCGCUGGAGCAGCUGGAGGACUACUUCGAAACGGAUUUGACAAAGAUUUUCGAUGCAUUGGACUUCCAGCAUGUGCUGGCAAAGAAACAGACAUCUUCUUCGGAAAGCACUACAAUCCUGGAGCUGUGUGGGCCAGAUGCAUUGAUGCGAGCACAGGCAAAUCUGCGCCUGCGGAUGUCCGGCUGCGCAAAUCACGAUGCAUGGGUGGAGCACAUCCGGCGGUUUGACCAGGUGGAGGAUGCAGUGAGAAAGUGGAGCAACCAUCCUGAGGAGGUGAAGAUCAGUGAACUCUAUAAAUUUUGCCCCGUUCUGACAAACCUGCGCUCUCAAGGCUUCUUCGGCCGAUCGCUGACCCAGUACUACCGGGACUACCGAGAUAAGGGGCAUGGCUCCUCACCAAAGCGAACAUGUCUGACUGGAUGUGGCGUCUACACAGUAGUUGGAUUCUUGGUGGGCCUGAUUGGUUUCUACAUCUUCUGCUUCCUUGCUCCCCAAGGGGAUUCCUACGCUUGGUUUUACUACGUGGUGGAUCGUGACGGGUUUGUGGAAGCGAGGUGCCAGGAAACCCAGGCAUCUUUCUCCGGCAACAGUACCAGUCCAUGGUGCGAGGCACACAAGUACUUGCUCAUGUCGCGCACCACCCUUUGGGUUUCGCAUGCUGCCAUGCUCAAUGUGAAGCACAACUGGAUGGGCGUGGUCCUUUGCGCUGUUUCGAAGGCCUUGGUCAUGGCGAUGCUGUCCAGCCUCUUUGCGAUUACCCUCUCUAAGACGGUCUCUGGCCUCAAGCAAGCCAUGCACCCCAUGCAGAUUUUAGAUACGAUCCUGGCGUGGUGGGCCAACACGGACCAGAUCUCCACAUGCCACCUACAUGUCUGGAAAUUGGCCAGGGAUUCCAUCCUCCACACAGAUGUGAAAAACAUCCUAGACCGCUACGAAAAUGUGGUGUUGGCCUAUCUGGCAGUCUCCUGCUGGCUAGUAACCGAUUCAGCUGUUCAGGUAGCUAUCCUCAACAAUGCGCCGAACAUGAUGGCCAUCUAUGCUCUGGUUGUGGUGAGUGCUUCAACUUUGCUUUGCGUGUACACGGCCGGCAAGGUGCAUUAUUGCCAGGUCAAGCACAUCCAAACGCUGAAGCGCUUGAAGGAGGCAACGUACCUACAUGGCACGCAGCCGGACAUGGAGCAUCAGCGGCAACUGCUGGACGAGAUGAUCUCAAGGAUGAGCAGCGGAGGCGAUUAUCAAACCAAGCUUCUCUACAUGCCUUUGAACCCAACCUUUCAGAAGACCAUACUUGCGUACUUCAUCACGGCCGCCGGUUCAGUUGUAGCUCGACUCAUCUCCGGACGGUUCAACAACAGCGGAGCCGACAAUGCGAUUUCUGCGCUGGACACGUCUCACCCAGGCACCUAG